AUGAUUGAUCCACAAGUCUAAGCCAAUAAUUGGAUUAAAAAUAUGGAAAGAGCCAUCAACAAGAAUAAUAUUAAAGAGUUAGAUCCAUAGAACGAAAAGAUGAUGAGCAUAAUUGAAACAGCUAUUGCAAAUGGAUAGAUUGUGAUCUUAGAAAACAUGGGAGAAGAUUUGGAUCCUUCUUUGGAACCAGUCUUGAAUAAAUAAUUGAGAACAGUCAACAAUAAGUUAAUGAUGUACAUGGGAGAAAAAGAAAUAUUGUACAAUCCUAAUUUCAGAUUCUACAUGACUACUAAAUUGGCUAAUCCAAAAUAUAAGGCUGAAACCUAAACAAGAGUCACCUUAGUCAAUUUCACAGUGAAAUAAAAAGGUCUCGAAGAAUAAUUGAUUUCAGUUGUCAUUCAAAUUAUGGAAGCCUAAUUAGAAAAGAGUAAGAACGAUUUGGUCAAUAAGAAAUCUUAAAAUGAGAUCACCUUACGUAAAUUGGAUGAUGAUAUUUUGAAAAUGCUCUAGGAAAUCAAAGGAAGUUUGAUUGAUGAUGAAAAUCUUAUUGUCACCUUAGACAAAUCUAAGGAAACUGAAGAAGAGGUCAAGAAGCAAAUUGAAACCUCAGCUGUUUCAAUGAAGAAAACCUUUGCAGCAAGAGAAAACUAUCGUUCAUUAGCCAGAAUUGCAUCCAAAUUAUUCUUUGUUUUAAAUGAUUUUUCACUUAUUGAUCACAUGUAUCAAUUUGCCUUGUCCAAUUAUAUUGAGUAAUUUGGUGAAAAUAUCAAUACAUAUUAAAGCAGAGGAGCAUCCAUAAAUGACUCUUUGUAAGAGAAAUUAUCAGAUAUUGCAGCUAGACAUUCUGAAGAGAUAUUCAAAACUGCAUGCCGAGGGUUAUUCGAGAAAGACAAACUCUUGUUGGCCAUUUAAAUGGCUGUAAACAUCACAAGUGAAUUGAAGAGUUAGAUUACAAUUGAUUUAGAGGAGUACAACUUCUUCUUGAGAGGUGGGGAUCCAAAUGCAGAUAGAAAGAAUCAACCUCACAAUCCAAUUUCAGAUUGGGUCACUGAACAAUAAUGGUAAUCCAUUUGUGAUUUGGAUAAAUUACCAAACUUUACUGGUAUCAUCAAUGCCUUCACUCACAAUGGUAAAGAAUGGAAGAAGUGGUAUUUGAGUCCAACCCCAGAAUCAGAUUCAUUGCCAGGAGAAUGGGAUCAAAAAUGUGACAGUCUUAAGAAGAUGAUCUUACUCAAAAUAAUCAGACCUGACAGAGUUCUAUUGGCAGCAUAAGCAUUUGUUAAUGCAACCAUGGGACAAUUCUAUACCUAGCCACCUGCAACUACUUAUGAUUCAAUUUACAAUGACACCACCAAAAAUAAGCCUGUGAUAUUCAUCUUGUCUCCAGGUGUUGAUCCCUAUCAUUAAUUGGAGCAAUUUGCCAAGAUGAAGGAUUGCUAGUUGUUACCAGUGUCCUUGGGUUAAGGCUAAGCUUAAAAGGCUAUAGAUAAACUAUAUGAAGGUAGCAAGGCUGGUCUAUGGGUGUAUUUGGCAAAUUGUCAUUUGAGUUUGAGUUUCUUGAAAGAAUUAGAGAAAUGCAUGGAAACUCUGAGGUAAUCAGAUGCCACAAAUGAAAAGUUCAGACUAUGGUUGAGUUCUGCUCCUCAUCCAAAAUUCCCUAUUAGCAUACUUUAAAAGUGUUUAAAGGUGACAACAGAACCACCUAAAGGAGUAAAGGCUAAUAUGAAUAGAUUGUACACCAAUAUGUCAUAAUCAAAAUUUGAUCCAUAAAUUCUUUCAUAGUAGAAAUUGACCAAUCAAUUACAUUAUAUGAAAUUAGUGUAUUCACUUUGUUGGUUCCAUAGUUUAAUUAUUGAACGUAAGAGAUUCAAAUCUAUGGGAUGGAAUGUUAUCUAUGAUUUCAAUGAUUCAGAUUGGGAAACUGCUGAUAAUAUUCUUUUGAUGUAUGUUGAUUAGACAUAACAUGAUAGCAAACACAAUUAACAACAAUAAUAAUAAUAACUUGGAUAACAAUAAUAAGAUUAACCAGUAUAGAAGAGUCCUCCUUGGGAUGCAAUCAGAUAUCUAAUAGCUGAUGUUAUCUAUGGAGGUAGAGUGACAGACAAGUAUGAUUAAAGAUUGUUGAAGGUCUAUGCUAAUAGUUUCUUCUAAGAUAAGAUUAUUUUCGAAGAGAAAUAUAAAUUGGUUGAUAAUUCUUAAUAUUAUUAUAUUCCAGAGGAAUUCAAACCAAAAGAAAGCAAGAAUGAUAAGAUUAGCAAUCAUGUAUUGUUCUACAGAAGUAAGGUUGAAGAUUUCCCUCCAGUGGAGAGAGCUGAAGUGUUCGGCUAACAUAUUAAUGCUGAAAUAUCCUCAUAGAUUGCUGAUACAAAUGCUCUUAUCGAUUCUAUCAUCUCAUUAUCACCAUAAUCUGUGAAGGCUGGUGAAGAAUCCAUGGAAACCAAAGUUUAGAAACUCAUCCAAGAAACCUUAGGCAAAGUUCCAGAGGAGAUUGAUAUGCAAGAAGCAAUUGAGAAAGUCAGACCUGGAGAUCAAAAUCCAUUGAAAAUAGUGUUGAUGUAAGAAAUUUCCAGAUACAAUAAAUUAUUGAAUACAGUCAGAACUUCACUCAUUAAUUUAGACAAAGGUCUCAGCGGUCUAGUGCUUAUUUCAGAAGAUCUUGAAACCAUCAUGCACAGUCUAUUUGAUAACAAAGUUCCUCAAUAAUGGAAAUUCUGUUAUAGCUCCUUAAAACCCUUGUCAAGUUGGAUCAUUGAUCUUGAGAAGAGAGUAGCACAAUUGAGAAUGUCUUUUGGAUUCUCUGGAUUCUCAUUCCCUACUGGAUUCACUACGGCUUUAUUACAAUAGAGUGCCAGAAAGGUCAAUACUCCAAUUGAUCAAUUCGGAUGGGAAUUCUCAUUCCUUCCACAUGGAUCUGAACCUCAGGCUGCCAAAGAUGGUGCAUACAUUCAUGGUUUAUUCCUUGAAGGAGCAAAAUGGGAUGAAAAGAACUAUAUAGUAGAUGCUGAACCCAUGAAAUUACACGAUUAAAUGCCAAUCGUCCUAUUCAAACCACAAAACAAAGAAAGGUAUAAAGUCAUCAUAUAUUUUUACGGUUAAAACUUUUAUUUGUGUCCCACCUAUUAUUAUCAAGUACGUUGUGGUGUCAUGGAAAGACCAUCUUAUCAGUUUGAUGUUAUGUUACCUUGCAAACCUAAUCCAGGCCAAGCCUCAAAUGAAGAAGACUUCUGGAUUAAAAGAGGCACUGCUUUACUAAUGCAAUUAUCAGAUUGA